GAUCAUCAUACACAACACCCUGCAGACGAAAAGCUUUCUUCAUCACUCUCUCUCGGAGUAGAAUGAAACUGUGAGAGAAAGCCCUAAAACCCACCACCGCGAAGAAAGAUGGAUCGUAAGGGAAAGGGAAAACAGAUCGCCGGAGCUGGAUCGUCUUCCGGAAAGAAACGAAAAGGAGGAGGAGGUGUCGAGUUUAGAGACGAAGGCUUGAGGAUUAACAGCAAGCGUAAAAAACCUGGGGUUCUUCAGUUCUUCGAGGAAUCCGCCGAGGUUGGGUACUAUGGAGGUAGCUCCGACGAGGAAUGCGACAUGGAUGAUCUCUUCAACGAUAUGGAAGAUGAGCCUGAGGUAGAGACAAGUGGAAAGGAUGACAAGGGGGGAAAGGGAAAAGGCAGCUCUUCCUUUGUUUUUCCCAAGGAAGAGGAGAUGAAUGAGGAUGAUUACGAUAGGAUGAUGGAAGAAAGAUACAAGCCUGGUUCUGGGUUUGUUAGAUACGCAGCUGAUGAUGUGAAAAGUUCCAUCGAGAUGGAUGCUCUUGUUCCUACUGCUCAUGAUCCUCCGAUAUGGAAAAUAAAGUGUGCGAUUGGACGGGAGAAGCAUUCAGUCUUCUGUCUCAUGCACAAAUUUGUGGAGCUGAGGAAGAUAGGCACCAAACUAAAGAUCUUGUCUGUCUUCUUUGUGGAGCAUGUCAAGGGGUUUAUCUUCAUAGAAGCUGACAAGGAACAGGAUGUUCUUGAGGCAUGCAUGAGUUUGAACGGAAUCUACGCCACUCGGAUGAUGCUACUUCCUAAAUCUGAAGCUCCACAUCUGCUCACUGUACAAAGAAAAACCAAAACCUUUUCUGAGGGAACAUGGGCUCGUAUUAAGAGUGGUAAAUACAAAGGAGAUCUUGCUCAGGUUGUGGCUGUGAGUGACACUCGGGGAAAAGCUCUGAUAAAGUUGAUUCCAAGGAUUGAUAUAGCGGCACUGACCCAAAAAUAUGGUGGAGGAGUUGCUGUUCAAAAAGGCCUGAACCCAGCUCCAAGAUUGAUCAGCUCAAGCGAGCUUGAGGAGUUCAGACCUAUCAUUCAAGUGAGACGUGAUCGUGACACUGGAAUGACUUUUGAGCAUCUUGAUAGCCUGAUGCUGAAAGAUGGCUUCCUGUACAAAAAAGUAUCCUUGGAUUCACUAACUUCCUGUGGGGUUAAACCAUCAAAGGAGGAGAUACUAAAAUUCGCUCCUUUAGAAGAGAAAGAAACUGGCGACGUGGAGUGGAUUUCCGAAAUUUAUGGUGAAGAAAAGAAGAAGAAGAGUAUUCCCGCUGGCAAAGGGGUUGAGAAAGGAGAAGGAUCAGGGGGUGGAAAAGGAGAAGGAUCAGGGGGUGGAAAGGGAGAAGGAUCAUCAGAAUCUAAGUCAGAGAGUAGCCAUGAGUUAUAUAAUCUAGUUUGUUUCAGUCGUAAAGACUUCGGUCUGAUUGUGGGAGUGGAUGACAAAGGCGACGGCUACAAGGUUCUGAAAGAAGGUUCUGAUGGACCUGUUGUAGUCAGUGUUGGAAAAAAGGAGAUGCAGGAACCGUUCGAUUCAAAAUUUUCUGCCCUGGAUCUGAAUAACAAACAAAUUUCGAUCGGUGAUGUUGUGAAGAUUGCCAAAGGCCCAUCUGAGGGUAAACAAGGAGUUGUGAGGCAAGUAUACAGAGGGAUUAUAUUUCUUUAUGCUGAGGGUGAGGAAGAAAAUGGUGGAUACUUGUGUUGCAAAUCACAAUCGUGUGAGAAAGUUAAACUUUUCACUGAAGAAUCCAAUGACAAGACUGGUGGAUUUGACGCUUCUGCUUUUGGAGAUUCUGCAUCCUCUCCUAAAUCGCCACUAUCUCCUGAAAAAGAGUGGCAGCAGCAGCCCAAGGAGAAAUACAUUAACUCCAACCAGGGAGACAAAGGUAGCAUGUAUUCCAUAGGCCAAAAGCUGAGGAUACGUGUAGGUCCACUGAAGGGGUAUCUCUGCCGUGUAAUAGCGUUGCGCUAUUCAGAUAUCACAGUGAAACUUGAUUCCCAGCAUAAAAUUUUUACAGUUAAAAGUGAGCAUCUUGCUGAGGUUCGUGACAGAAAUACUGUGCCAAGUAUGAGUGGGGAUGCUGGGAUGGGUUCCUUUCAACAAUUUGACAUGCUUGGAACAGAAGGCAACAAUGGAGACUGGGCAAAAGGAGCAGGCACGUCAGAAGAUAAUACUUCAACGUGGGGCAGUACAGCAGCUGAGAACAAACCUGACUCUGCUGGUGAUCAAUCCGGUGGUUGGAAUGCCUGGGGUAAACCACCUGCUCCUGAAGCUAGCACUGUUGGUGCUUGGGGAGAUGCAAGUACUCCAAAAGUUGAAGCUUCUUGGGGAAAACAAGGAGCUUCAACUUCCAAUGUUGAAGAUUCAGGUUCUUGGGGUAAGCAUGGUGGAAGCUCUGAUGGUAACAAACAAAACGAUGACUCAGUAUGGGGUAAACUAGUUGAAGAAUCAAGCCAGAAGAAAGAAGAAUCUUCUUGGGGAAAGAAAACGGGAUCUGAUUCUGAUUUGGGAAAAGGAAAUGGAGAAUCUACUUGGGGAAACAAAGAUGGAAAUUCCAGCGCAAGUAACAAAGAGGGAGUUUCCUGGGGGCAACAUGAUAAAGGCUCUGACGGGGACCAGGGAGGAUCAUCGUGGGGUAAGAAGAACGACAGUGUUAAAGAUGAUGGAGGGUCUUCUUGGGGUAAGAAGGAUGAUGGAGGCUCAACGUGGGGUAAGAAGGACGAUGGAGGAUCUUCAUGGGGUAAAAAGGUUGAUGACGUUAUCAAGGAUGACGGAGGAUCAUCUUGGGACAAAAAGGUUGAGGGUAAUAAGGAUGAUGGAGGAUCAUCUUGGGGCAAAAAGAUUGAGGGUAAUAAGGAUGAUGGAGGAUCAUCUUGGGGUAAAAAGGUUGACUGUAACAAGGAUGAUGGAGGAUCUUCUUGGGGCAAAAAAGUUGAGGGUAAUAAGGAUGAUGGAGGAUCAUCUUGGGGUAAAAAGGUUGACUGUAAUAAGGAUGAUGGAGGAUCGUCCUGGGGAAAAAAGGAUGACGGUGGACCUUCUUGGAACAAAAAGGAUGACGGUAAUAAGGAUGAUGGAGGAUCGGCUUGGGGUAAAAAGGUUGAAAGUGGAUCUUCUUGGAGAAACAAGGAUGGUGGAUCUUCUUGGGGGAACAAAGAUGGUGGAUCUUCUUGGGCCAAAAAGGAUGAUGGAGGGUACUCAGAACAAACAUUUGAUAGGGGAGGACGUGGGUUUGGUGGUAGAAGAGGUGGCGGUCGUCGAGGUGGUAGGGAUCAGUUUGGGAGGGGAAGAUCCUUUGGUCAUUCGGAGGAUCAAGCUCCAUGGAGUAAACCAGGUGGUGGUGGCGGUUCAAGCUGGGGUAAGCAAGACAGUGGUGGAGGCGGUUCAAGCUGGGGUAAAGAUAAUGAUGCUGGUGGUGGAUCUAGCUGGGGCAAGCAGAAUAAUGCUGGUGGUGGCGGCGGUUCAAGUUGGAGUAAAGAUAAUGAUGCUGGUGGCGGAUCUAGCUGGGGAAAGCAGAAUAAUGCUGGUGGUGGCGGUUCAAGCUGGGGUCAAGAGAAGGAUGCUGGUGGUGGAUCGAGCUUGGGAAAGCAAGGCAGUGAUGGUGGAGGCUCUAGCUGGGGGAAGAAAAAUGAUACUGGUGGUGGCGGUUCAAGCUGGGGUCAAGACAAUAAUGCUGGUGGUGGAUCAAGCUGGGGGAAGCAAGCCAGUGAUGGGGGAGGCUCUAGCUGGGGGAAGAAAAAUGAUGCCGGUGGUGGCGGCGGUUCAAGCUGGGGUAAAGAUAAUGAUGCUGGUGGUGGAUCUAGCUGGGGAAAGCAAGGCAGUGAUGGCGGAGGCUCUAGCUGGGGAAAGAAAAAUGAUGCUGGUGGUGGCGGUUCAAGCUGGGGAAAGCAAGGCAGUGACGGGGGAGGCUCUAGCUGGGGGAAGAAAAGUGAUGGUGGUGGUGGUGGUUCAAGCUGGGGUCAAGAGAAUAAUGCUGGUGGUGGAUCUAGCUGGGGAAAGCAAGGCAGUGACGGCGGAGGCUCUAGCUGGGGGAAGAAAAAUGAUGCUGGUGGUGGCGGCGGUUCAAGCUGGGGUCAACAGGGUGGUGGUGGUUCUGCUUGGGCUAAUAAGCAGAACAACGAUGGUGGUGGAGGACAAAGCUGGUCCAAACAAGAUGAUGGCGGUUCUAAACCGUGGGGAGAACAGAGUGGUGGUCGUGGGUUUGGAGGAAGAAGAGGAGGGGGAUUCCGAGGAGGUUUCCGCGGAGGUAGAAACCAAUUAGGUAGAGAUGGAGGAGGACGCUCGUUUGAAUCAUCUGGCUGGAAGAGAGACAAUCAAGAAAACACCACUUGGAAGAGCAACAACCAGAGCGGUGGAUCAGACUGGAAAAAAUCGUGGGGAGAGGAUUCAAACACUGCAAAGCCAUCUGACUCAUCAUCAGCUGGUGGAAACUGGGGUAGCUGGGAUGCUAAUUCUAAGAAAGAAACCAAUGCUGGUGGAGGCUGGGGUGCUAACUCCAAGAACGAAACCAGUACUGGUGGAGACUGGGGUAGUAACUCAAAGAAAGAAACCAAUGCUGUUGAUGGUGACAAACCAAGCAAUGAAAACAAAGCAGCAGCAGCUUGGGGAACCCCCGCUAACGAUCAGGAGAAUGCAGGAAACAACAAUGAUGGUUGGGGCAAAAAGCCAAGUGAUGAUGUUAAAACGAGUGGAGCAGCUGAUAACGCAUGGGGAGGCAAAACAAACGCAGGAGCAUCGUCAUCAAGUGGCUCUGCGUGGUGAACCGGAGCCAAAAAAAAAUCCGGAUGGUAAUAAAAAGUCCUGGAGUGACUUGUAAGUAGGUCUCACUAUCUCUCUAUCUAGUCUAUAAGCCCAUGUUUAGUUGAAACGCUACGAAAUGUCUCUCGUUUUAGUCUUUUGUGGGCUUUCUCUUGUUAUUGUUGAUGACCCUCGAGGUUUGAAAAACUCUUAGGUUUGUUUAUGGCCGUGACUAAAGGCUCAUCAAGAACUGGUUAUGUAGGUUCUUUUGACUUUUGUGACAUAUCGGAGUUUCAUUUUCAUUCCCUUUA